CUUGUGCGCAUGCGCAGUUUGCGCAUCCUGUUUUAUUAAUUUUUUUUUCUUGGUGAAAAUGGCUGCCUCUCUCAUCUAAACCUCUGCCUAAAGGAUAAAAUGAGAAUGAUCUAGGCUGCAGAAAUAACGGUCCCGCUACGAGACAACAGUGAUGGACGCCAGGGCGUAGCUUGUGCAUCGCCUUCUCAAACAUGUUGAGGCUGUAUGAGGAAAGAAAAUGUAUGCGAUUCGAAAUUAACCCUUUCCAGUUCAACAUCCACUAUUAAAUAAGAAAAUGAUGCAUCAAGUGACCAGCAGCAACAGCGAUUAUUGUAUGAGCGCGCUGGCAGAGGACUGUCAUCCAGCCAGCCACUUCGAUUUAUGUAGCACACAAUCAAACAAAUUCUACCCCUCUGCCACGACCCCUGGUCUGCAGCUGUCCCUUGCAGGGUUAGCACCUUUACCACAGGGCAUGCACAAAGCCAUGGCAUGUCAAAUACAGGAGAACCAGGCUGACUUCCAGUCUCAGAUGGUGAGGAUUAGGGGCAGUGAGGCUGCAGGACCCGAUGGCUCCAAGAAGAAGAAGGGUAUGGUUAAGUCUGGGCGGAGAGGGAGGCCAUCAGGGACCACAAAGUCAGCUGGUUACCGCACAAGUACUGGACGUCCACUUGGGACAACUAGAGCAGCUGGGUUCAAAACGAGCCCAGGGAGGCCCCUUGGUACCACCAAAGCAGCAGGAUAUAAGGUCAGCCCUGGCAGGCCCCCUGGCAGCAUCAAGAGUCUAGCUCGGCUCAGAAAGCUGGAGUUUGACUGUGACAACACCAAGAAACUUGACUUUAGCACAUGCAGUGUCCCCAAGAAAAUGGACUUCACCAGCUGUGAUGUUCCACAUUUUCCGUACACCUUGGUGGAGAAAAGACCACUCUGUGAGCCAGCUGGCAAAGUUGAUGAAGCCAAUGAAUAACUGGAAGAACAUUUGGGUGCAUGAACAAAAGGAUGUUGAAGAAAAACAUUUCUCUCAAACAUAGGAGAUGGUAACUUUGUGUCUUUAUGAAAUAGCUCUGACUGAAUUCCUGAUGUACAGUGUUUGACAUGGUCUCCAUCAUCAUAACAAAUGACUGAAUUAGCAGUAUGUUAUCCCAGCUUGGUAGAAAUGCAUGCAAAUGUAUUAUUGACACUAAUCAGUAAAGGUUAAAAAAGUAUUGAGCAGAUUCAAAUCUCACUUAAGAGUUGGCUUCCCUCAUUUUCUUUGUUUGAACUUUGACUUGCCCUCUCACUCUGCUUUCAUACUUUUUCGGACCAUUUUUUCUAUACCUAUAAAAGUGGCAUUUUAUUCAAAACAGCCGACCAAUUCAGCUUUUUAUCAAGCAUUAAAGAUAUGUGGAUGUGUAAUCGUCUUAUCUAUGUUGUCCUGUUCACACUGUUUUCCUUUGUGAUUUUUAUCCUGCAUCAUGCUUAAAAUGGAAACACUGACACAUUUUUAUUGGCAGAACACAAUUAUAUCAGUUUAAGCACAAUAUGUGUUACUUUGCACUUUGUGAUUACAAUUUUGUUCAUGUUUUGUAAUAUUAGCCUGUAUUUUGUUUCCAAACUCACUUGAUAAGCACUUCCAGAUGUACAUGUAUGUUGUUGUGCCGUCCACUAGAAAAAAAAGUGACUUAAAAAAAGCAGAAAAAAAGUUUGUGAAAUAUGUUAUAAAUGCUAAUGUGUUGUAUGUGAAACCAAAAUAAAAGUCUUUUCCACUUAACUAUUUCCAACAAA